AUGAACGGUAACACCCAAUAUGGAGGCACAUCUCAUGGUCCGCCGCAAGAGCGCAGGAAAGUCCCGUAUCGGCGCAUACAUGCCGUGAUCAUCGGCGCGGGAGUGUCAGGGAUUUUGAUGGCCUACAAGUUGAGAAAGUACCUUGGAGAAUACGUUGAUUUUCACAUCCUGGAAAAGUCCCCAGAACUGGGGGGGACUUGGUUCGAAAACAGGUAUCCAGGAUGCGCGUGUGAUGUUCCCAGUCAUUGCUAUCAGUACAGCUUUGCUCCCAAUCCCGACUGGUCAAAAUUUUACGCAUCUUCCCAAGAAAUCAAGGCUUACCUCGACGGAGUUGCGAAACACUUUGACCUAAAAAGGUUCAUCAAGUUCAACACCAAGGUCACCAACGCGCAGUGGUCCGAGGUCAGCAGCACUUGGACUGUCAAAGUCGAGAAUGGGUCCACCUAUGAGGCGGAGGUCUUAUUCAAUGCCGGUGGUAUCCUCAAUAACCUCCAAAUGCCGAACAUCACUGGCAUUAACACCUUCGCUGGUCCCAUUCUUCACACCGCCGAUUGGGACUCAUCGGUGGAUCUCAAGGGUAAAAGGAUUGGCGUCAUCGGCGCUGGGGCCAGUGCCGUUCAGCUAUUACCUCAGAUACAGCCGACGGCGACGAAAGUCACCGCCUUCAUCCGCACACCGUCCUGGAUCUCACCGCCCGUCGCUCUACCAGAGGCUGACCGGCCAAGCUACUCUUAUGACGAAGGGGAGAAGACCAGAUUCCGAGAAAACGAUGCCGAAUACCUUGAAGACCGGAAGCGGCUGGAGGCGCAGUUCAAUGGCAUGUUUGACGCCUUCUUCAAAGCCAGCCCGCAGCAGAGGGACCUCCGGGAACGAUUUGAAAGCCGCAUGAGAUCUCUGAUUCGCGAUGUGGCUCUUCAAGAGCGGCUGAUUCCCAAGUUCGAGGCGGGCUGUCGACGGAUUAAUCCUGGAGAGCAGUACCUUCUGACUCUCCAGGAGCCAAACGUUGAGCCGGUCUUUGAAAAUAUUGAAAAGAUUACUUCUACUGGCAUAGUCGCCGGCGGAGUCGAGUAUCCUGUUGAUGUUCUCAUCGCUGCUACCGGUUUUAACACAACCUUCAGGCCGCGCUUCCCGAUCAUCGGUAGAGAUGGCAAGAACUUGCAGGAUAUUUGGGCUGAGAACCCCACGUCUUACUGCGGGACAGGUGUUUCUGGAUUUCCCAACUACAUGAUAUUCUUGGGUCCUAAUACGCCCAUCUCAAAUGGCAGUCUCAUGGGCCCAAUCGAAGCUACGGGCGACUACUUCGUCCGCAUUCUCACCAAGAUGAUCCGACAACGCAUCAAGUCUUUUGACGUACGCAUCGAGGCUCAAACAGACUUUGACAACCACACACAAGAGUUCAUGCGUCAGGCAGUCUGGACAGGAACAUGUCGCAGUUGGUUCAAGAAAGACGUCAACGGGAAGGUGAGCGCUUUGUGGUGCGGAAGCUCGCUUCAUUACAUGCAGUCACUUGCCGAAGACCGCUGGGAGGAUUAUGAAUGGCGUUUUGACGGGAACCGCUAUGCCUACUGGGGUAAUGGGUUUUCAUGGAUCGAGCAGCCCGCGUUGGAUCCCUUGGGCAUUGAGGAGAGGGAGUACUCAAAUACAAUGACCACCAUUGCACAAAGAUCAUCGGACCUCAGCUUCUAUCUUGGUAAGGCUGAUCCCUUGCCCAAAGGGGUCUUGUCUCACGUGGUGGACGUCGAAGCUCAGUGUCAGCAUAUUGUGGGGCAGGCUGAGGUCCACGGGACCGAUCUGACCAAGUCCGAUGUGAAAGACGCGGACGUUACUGAGCAGGAGAUGCGUUCUGGUUUAGAGUCUUAUGCUCCAGCUAUUGCUGUGGGGGUUUGA